UUAUGUUGGCAGACCUAUCCUGUCCAAAUGGGACGACGUGAACCUCCCACCACUGUUUCAUUACGGUCCUGUCCUCCGAGCAGAACAUUGGGCUUGACGACGGUCCUUCGUCCGCGCACGCAGGUAAAAGAAAAAAAAUAUCGCGAUUUUCCCAAUUCGCCUUCUCAUGAGUCGGCCUAGCUGAAGAAAAAUCAGAAGAAAAAAUCUGCUAAAAGAAGAAACGGAAGAAAAAGAGAAGGUUUCAUCCUACAGGAGACGAAAAUGGAAAACGCCUAUUGGGAAGAGCCGACGAGCCUGAACAGCCAAGUCAAACUGGAAAGCUUGUCGUAUGCAGGCACUGGAAACAGUGAGGAUGAAGAGUACGGCUUCCAUGGCAAAAAGAAGUUGGCGAGGGAUCCGCUGUCACACAGGAUUAUAGAGAAACGUAGGAGGGACAGGAUGAAUUCGUGCCUAGCCGACCUGUCGAGGCUCAUACCGCACGAGUACAUGAAGAAAGGUCGAGGGAGGAUCGAGAAGACGGAAGUGAUCGAGAUGGCGAUCAGGCGGAUCAAGCACCUUAUGAGCCGCACUGGUGGAUGCAAGGAAUCGGACUGCGGCCAAGACGAACAGAAAGAGGCUGAAGACCAAUCUCAGCAGGCGCAGCGAGACCACUUAGAAGAGCUUGCGACGUCGUACAGACUCGGGUUUGUCGAGUGCCUCAGUGAGACUAUACACUUUCUCGUCCAGGUCGAGGGGCUCAUGGCAACAGACCCAUUCUGCACGCAGCUCAAGACCCACCUUUCCAACCACUGUGACAACAUACUGCAAAGCGAAGGUUUGAGAUCGAGGCUGUGCUUCUCUGGUGAGGACAAGAACGACCAGCCGGCAUUAGCUACUUGCGAGUCGUCCAACACAGACCAGGACGGCCGGACUACCCAGUUCUGCGCCCUCCAAGAUACCGGUUCGGACACUAGCACCGGCCAUACUUACAACGUAAGCGACUCUCCAUUGCAGCUCGUACCUAGCCAACAACAAAUUGACAAUCGGUUACAGCUGUCGCCGACAUCGUCCAACUCCGAGAAGGGUACCGGCGCCGCUCCUGCCGAGCCCGCUCCGAGCUACAAGUUCAAGAACAGGAUACAGAAAAGGUUCUUCGAGAGGAACCGUUCGAGCCGGGUGCCCGUUUUCGUCCUGGCGCCUGGGGGCGCACACUACCUGGCCACGUGGCUCGACGCAACGUCUAUACCAGGCUACGUCGAACUGGGCCCUGCUAGGGAGCCCCCCGCCAGCCACCACCCGGUCACAAUCAGCGUCGACUUCAGAACCAGAGUCGGGACGACGUGAAUAGGUCAAAAAUGAAGAAAUCAAAUAAUUGAAACAAGGUGAAAACACAAUCCCGGUACUGUCCGGACAGCCCUCAGGAUAUACAAACGGAUUUUUCCUUCAGCCUGUUUUCUUUAUAUCUUGAGGCGCAGUCAUUUGGGCGUUUUUUAUAUAUAAUUAUUUUCUUUUAUUAAUUUAAUUAAUAAUAAACCUGUGCCUUACUGUGUUACCUAGUUCGUGCUUCGUGAUCUGGAAAAUUUUCCCUUCGUCUGUUUUUGACAGUUUUGAUCAGGCAUUGGUUUUGUACUAUUCGUUGAAAAAAAAGACUGAAUACUGCUGUGCGUUUUAGUGAUUUUAAAAGCCCAUACUUUCACUGUACGGGGAAAGAGGGGGGUCUCGGUUGUUGUUUUAUCUGGCAAUUUUUUUUUUUUUUUUAAUAUUCUAUUGAGGAGUGUAGAUUUUAUUGUAUGCAGACUAUUAAGCCAUGUUGUAUUUAAAAAAAUGUAUAUGUAUAUGUUAUUGAUCAAGUUAAUUAAAAAAAAAGACUUACCUACAUCCCA